CAGAGUGUGGAGUGUUCCCAAAGUGUCUGAAGGAGGGAGCGCAGGCUGCAACAUGGGUUCCUAUUCCUCUCACCUUUCCAAAAUUGAGGAUCUGCACGAGAUUAUACAGGAGACCGGCUUUUCUAAGGCUCACAUCUGCCGCCUGUAUGAUCGAUUUGAAGAGCUGGACAAGAGUAACAGUGGAGAAUUGAGCCGAGAAGAUUUCCAGCGUAUCGGAGAGCUCGCUGUGAACCCACUCGGAGACCGAAUCAUCAACGCUUUCUUUCCUAAUGCGAAACAGACUCUGGAUUUCCGAUCGUUCGUCCGGAUCCUGGCCACCUUCCGACCCACAGUAAAGGACAAGUUGGCCAAUCCCAAUGCACCGGAGCCGAUUAACAGUCGAACCAACAAGCUACGGUUUGCAUUCCAACUGUACGACCAGGACAGAGAUGGGAAAAUCUCCAGAGAGGAACUAAUCCAGGUGCUUCGUAUGAUGUUGGAGGCACAAGUUACAAACGACCAAUUGGAGAGCAUCACUGAUCGGACCAUUCAGGAGGCUGACCUGGAUGGAGAUGGUGCCAUCUCAUUUGAGGAGUUUAGAAAGUCACUCGAGAAUAUUAAUUUGGAGCACAAGAUGAGCAUUCGAUUUCUUCAGUAAUGUCUGGAGAUUUGCCAGGAAGGAAGUUUAUUGCUGAUGUGAAUUCCUGGGAAGAGUAACUGGAUGGAGAUGAGAAUUGUGUGCUGCUAAACUGCCAUUUGAGAUUUGUGCAUUGAGAUUUUGAGCUUCCGUGAAUCCCCUGCCACUAUCAGGGUUUUGCUGAGUUUCUCCGGUGAGUAUGGGGGUCCGUACAGGAACUGGGAGAUUCUGGGCUCCGUUCCCGGCCUGUGUUGAGUUCUCUGUUCUUCUGACAGGUUGGUAAUAAGGAAUUGAGAAUCACUUCAGCGUUCUGGCAUCAGGAAGCAGAAAUAUCAGCCCGGCUCGCAAAACACAAAACAGUGUCCAACAUUAGAUGUGAUUCCGCGAUUGGACAGCAUUUGCUAAAUAAUCCUCAGUGUGCUAAGAAUUGCGCUGACAACAAAUUUAAGAUUGUCGGUCGGGCUCACAUUAUGGUGCAUUUAUGUGGACUGGGCGGCUACAUAUAUUAAUACACGGGGCCCUGUUCUUUACAGACAGAAAGAACAUGUACACACGUGGCACCUGUUUCAGCUAAACAAAAUAAGUGACAGCCAUUCGCUGGUUCAUUCCCCUGACAUUGGUACUCUCUUGCUAAUUGUCCUGAUGAGUGCAAUACAAAAAGCUUCAACAAAACCGUCAUUCUUUUCAGCAAAACACUCGAGUUUUUAUUUAACGGAGGUGACGGGUGUCUUGCCCAUUGGCUGGAGAUCCAGCGAGUGCCCCAUGCCACCUCCUUUGGGGGAAGCCGGUCGAAUUAAGUACCUCCCAGGCACUUAAGUGGCCUGUGGCAAGCCUUACCCCAGGAUCAAGGCCCACGGGGCAGGAACUCCCACACCCCAGCCUCCCCACAAGAGCUGUGGGCCAGAGGCUGGCAGCUGUGCAUUGUCAGCCGUACCACUGGGGGAGCUGUGGCUUCAGCUGCAAUACACUCACCGGAGGUCUCAGAUCGAGGAACCCAGACCACAGGUGUAUGUGUGGGAUGGGGGUCCCAAAGAGGGAGGGGCUCACAGUGGAUAAAGGGGUGGACAGGGGGAUGGCUCUCAGUAGGCCCCGCCCUUCCUGACGUGAGGACCCUUGAUCAAGCACACAGGGCCGGAUUUUCGCUACCGAGGCAGACAACUGGAGUUGGGGGAAAUUUCCUAGCUCCAAACAUCCCCACUUCUGACCUUACGAUGGAAGGAAGGUCAUUGAUGAAGCAGCUGAAGAUGGUUGGGCCGAGGACACUACCCUGAGGA